UCUCGUCCCCCAAUCGCUCAACCACCCUUUACCUAUCUUUAUGUAGUCCUAAAACUACAGGGCUCGACUCUUGAACAACAUGGAUCCACAAUCAAGUAUCCACACUUUCCCCGUCACACCCAGGACAGUAGACGUGGUAGUCAUCGGAGCAGGACUGAGCGGGCUACGCGCAGCAUUAGGUGUUCAAGCGGCGGGACUCUCUUGUGUAGUCCUGGAAGCUACGGAUAGGGUGGGAGGGAUGACGCUCAGCAUAUCAUCCAAGCAGAGUGGUCCCGGUGUCAACGAUGUCGGUGCUGCCUGGAUCAAUGACACUACCCAAAGCGAGAUGUACAAGCUUCUCCAGCGAUACGGACUACAGGGACAGAUGCAAGCAUGCAAAGGAAAGGACAUUUUUCAGUCUCCAAAUGGCUAUAUCUUGUCUCCUCACGGUGAACUGCCGAUACCCGAGGAAGAACAGCUAGCAGUGUCUGAAGUUUUCGUCAAGCUUAGAGAACUCAUUGCCAAUGUUGAUCUGGAAGAUCCGAGCUUAGGCCCCAAUGCAAAGGAGCUAGACAAUGUCACUUUGUACGAAUACUGUAUCCGGACCUUCCAAUCCGAAGCGAUCGCGGAUCUAUUCGAUUACACCUGCCAAGCUCUGGUUGGUGUAGAAGGCAAUGCAAUCAGUAUGCUAAGCUUCCUACACGCGUGCAAGUCCGGGACAGGGAUCGAUGCUUUAACCUCAGACGGCAAAGAUGGAGCCCAGUAUCUCCGAGUCCGACAGGGAACACAAGCCUUCUCGCAGAACAUGGCAGCAGAACUAAAACCAGGCACGCUCUAUCUCUCAACGCCCGUGACCCAAAUUACCCAAAUCCAAUCCCAAUCAAUAGACAUCUGCACGGUCCAAACAGCAACCAACACAACCUUCCACGCCAAAAAGAUCAUCCUCUCCAUCGCCACACCCCUCUACCCCACAAUAACCUUCACGCCACCACUCCCACCCCAGAAACAACGUCUCGCUCACGAAAACAAAUUAGGCUACUACUGCAAAAUCAUCUUCAUCUUCCCCCACCCUUUCUGGCGACCCGCAGGCCUCUCAGGCACCAUCCAUGCAGAUGCCGGCCCCUUCCUCUUCACCAUGGACACCAGCAUCCCAGACGACAACCAGUGGUCUCUAAGCUGCUUCGCCGUCGGCCCCCGGGGUCGCGAAUGGUCACUCCACUCCGAGGAAGAGAGGCGCCGCUCCGCAUGGACCCAGCUGCGUUCCGCGUUCGAGAACGUACAGUUACCACCAGGACAGGAGGUCAGCGUCCCGGACCCGAUCAGUGUUCUUGAGUAUGACUGGUCCAAGCAGGAGUUCUUUUGGGGUGGGCCUGUGCCGGCUUCACCGCCGGGUUUGCUUUCUGGGGUUGAUGGGGAUGCUGUGAGGGCGGCAUUUGGGAAUGUGCAUUUUGUGGGGACGGAGACUUCGUUGGUUUGGAAGGGGUAUAUGGAGGGUGCGGUGCGGUCAGGGGAUAGGGGUGCGAGGGAGGUUGGGGGUGCACUUGGGGUGUGAUUGUUGGGUCCGG